AUGCCCGGUGACGACUCUGCCCGCGAUCAAUUAACGAACCGUCAGAUUCCUCAAAUGGAGCUCUCCAAGCCCUUGAAUCCUCUCAACGCCCCAGGUGUUCUGCCAACCGAUAUCACGCCUCUCGAGCGCGCGAAAAGACGGUUCGGGAUACAAGGAAAUGCGAUCGUGACAGGUGGCUCCGGUGGUAUAGGUCUAAUCGUGAUACGCGCUCUCCUCGAACACGGUGCAUCUGGGGUUGCAGUCUUCGAUAUUCCCGGAUCGCUCGAGACAGCGAAGGACACGAUCGAGACUCUACGUUCUGAUUUUACAAAUGCGAGAAUCCUGACUCUCGAAGUGGAUGUUAGGGAUCAUGAUCUGGUCGAAAGCAGUGUUCAGGAAGUUGUGGACAAAUUAGGUAGCGUCGAUAUGCUUCUGUGUCUUGCUGGAGUCGUCCACUGCGGCCAUGCUCUCGAAACAUUAAACGUGGAUUGGAGGAGAGUCAUGGAUGUCAAUGUCACUGGCAGCUGGCUAUGUGCUCAGGCUGUCGGAAAACGGAUGGUUGCUCAGCAAACAGGCGGAAGCAUCGUCCUCACCGCAUCCAUCUCUGCGCAUCGCGUCAACUUCCCUCAACCACAGGUAGCUUACAACACAUCCAAAGCGGCAAUCUUACAGUUGAUGCGUUCACUUGCUGCUGAAUGGGCUGUACAUGGCAUUCGUGUGAACUCCAUCAGCCCAGGGUACAUGGAUACGAUCCUAAACCAUGGAGAAGGCCUUGAGGAGUGCAGGAAUGUAUGGGCAAGUAGAAAUCCAAUGGCUAGAAUGGGGAAUCCAGAGGAGCUUACUGGGCCAAUUGUACUGCUGCUGAGUAGUGUGGCUGGGAAGUAUAUCAAUGGUGCCGAUGUCGUCGUUGAUGGUGGAGGUAUAAUAUUCUGA